CUCUAGAGUUCCUUUUCAAACUCAAAGACUGUAAUUUUUUAGUGUUACAGAUUUAUUCUUUUGUUGCGGUACAAGUAGUGAAGGUUGUCGUACUCACUGAUGCUUCCUUACAUAAAUCCAAACCAUUUCUAUCAUCACAAUUCACACACAUAACACCACCAAUUCUAAUUCGGAGGCGAUGGAGGAUCAGUUCGAUGUUAUCGUCAUCGGCGCCGGCGUCAUGGGCAGCUCCACCGCCUACCAGACCUCCAAGCGCCGCCUCAAGACCCUCCUCCUCGAGCAGUUCGACUUCCUCCACCACCGCGGCUCCUCCCACGGCGAGUCCCGCACCACCCGCGCCACUUACCCUGAGGACUACUACUCCGGCAUGGUCCUCGAGUCCUCCCGCCUCUGGCGCCAAGCCGAGUCCGAAGCCGGCUACAAAGUCUGCUUCGCCACCCGCCAGCUCGACAUCGGCCCCUCCGACAACAAAGCCCUCCUCGCCGUCGUCGACAGCUGCCGGAAAAAUUCCAUCGCCGUCGCUGUCCUCGGCCGCCGCCAGCUCCUGGAGGAGUUCUCCGGAAUGUUCGACAUUCCGGAGGACUGGAUCGGCGUCGUCACCGAGCACGGCGGCGUCAUCAAGCCCACUAAGGCCGUCGCGAUGUUCCAAACCCUAGCGCUCCGAAACGGCACCGUGCUGAGGGACAACGCCGAAGUUGUUGGUAUAAGCAGGGACGGGAGGACUAACGAGAUCGUCGUGGCCACGGCCGACGGCAUGAGCUAUCGCGGCCGAAAAUGCGUGAUCACGGCGGGGCCGUGGACGCGGAAGCUGGUGAAGAAGGCGAGAGGAAUCGAUCUCCCGAUCCAGCCGUUGGAGACCGCGGUACAUUACUGGAAAGUUAAUGAGGGGCAUGAAGGUAAAUUUACCAUCGAGAGCGGGUUCCCGACGUUCGCCAGCUACGGCGAGCCGUACAUAUACGGCACGCCGUCGCUGGAGUUCCCGGGAUUGUUGAAAAUCCCUGUGCACGCGGGCCGCGCGUGCGAUCCCGAGGAUCGCACGUGGGGGGCACCCCCAGUGCUGGUGGAUGCACUGAGGGCAUGGAUUAAGGGGCGGUUCGGGGAUAUGAUCGACGUGGCAAAGCCAGUGCUAACGCAGUCGUGCAUGUACUCGAUGACGCCCGACGAGGACUUCGUGAUCGAUUUCCUCGGCGGGGAGUUCGGGGAGGACGCCGUGGUGUGCGGCGGGUUCUCCGGACACGGGUUUAAGAUGGCGCCGGUGGUGGGGCGGGUGGCGGCCGAUCUCGUGGAGAGCGGCCGGGCCGAGGGCGUGGAGCUCACGCGCUUUAGUGUGGGGAGGUUUGAUGGAGAGAAUCGUAAUGGGAAUGUUAAGGAUUUUGAUGAUCAAGUCAUGUCCCAUUGAGGAGACUGCACGUUAAUUUUUCCAAGUCAAAUUUGUAUUUGCGAAUUGCAACGUGUAGUUAGUAGUUAGUCGUCGUGUGUGACUCAAAAGCUUCCAAAGAAGUAUGCAAGUGUUGUGUGUUAUGUCACUCUCAUUCCACGUGUCUUUAAUGUCCUAUUGUGUCAUAUUUAUGUGCUGUAUUUCAUUCACUUUUUAUUCUCUCCAACUCAUCA